AUGACCUCUGAGGUCCCGGACCCUGAUCCAGCUGACUGGGGAGUCGAUGAAGUCGUCAACUUUCUCUGUCGGGGCACGGCUGUGUGGUCGCAGGCCACCAACGCGCCCCGACCAGACCCCGCCACGCUCGAAACUGCACUCCGUGAUAACCUUGUGACUGGAAGUGUGCUGCUCAACCAUGUCAACAACGAAGCUCUGCGAGUCGAUCUGGGCUUGAAGCCGCUGGGGCAUCGUAGCAAUCUUCUGACUGCUAUUGACUACCUUCAGCAGCGAUCACCCAAAUAUCAAGUCUCUAAGAGGAUCACGGAUGAUUUGCGCCGGCCCGUUGGGGAACAUGCGAUACCUAAAUUCUCUCGCAGCCCCCCUCCUCGUCCCCCGGCUUCUGCGCCAGGCCUACAUGGGGCAAACGUCAAAUCUCCGCUGCCGAGCACCUCCUUCGAUUCCCCGAGCCUUCCCACUCACGAUACCACGCCCGCGCCUGCCUGUCCUCAACAAGCACCUCGAAGGAUCGCGCCUCAGAAGAUAGCGGAAAUCAGCCAGCCAGAUCAGGAACUGGAUUCACUCAGCUUGGUGCCCUAUAAAGGGGCCGGCUUGUCACACAAUCAACCCAGUCCCGAUCAAGGCCAAUUCUCGGAUGAUGAUUCCCAGAAGCAAAAUAUCCCAUUACUCCAAAAGAAGAAAGUUGAUUUCCGUUUUCUUGAAGAGUACCUGCUUGAGAAGUACCCCCCGGGGAGGGAUGAUGAGAAUGCUCUCCCGGCAUAUGGUGACUCCGGUUCAGAAGGGCAGUACGAUGAGGAUACUUGGGAAGAGAUCCUGCAUGAGCAUCCGGAAUUCGCAAGCAAGCCCGCUCGUCUUCCAGACGCACAAUAUGAUUCUGUUGUUUCGGAGUUCAUAUCCCAGCACGAAGAAUGGUGGCGGCAAAACCAGUUGCCAAAGGAGACACGGAAAGCGCGCCGUCGGUGGAUCAAAUCGCGAAACCAUGACUCUGUGGACUUGGAGAAAAAAUCCGAAGAUCGUCAACUGGCUCUCCUCGAGAGACGCCUGCAAACGCUCCGAAAGACGAUUGGCGAAGUCGAUCAUCACUCGGUGGAUGGGUUGAAAAAGGCAUGCGGGAGUUUGGAGAACACCAUCUCGGAUAUCUGCCGACACAACUACACUCUGUCAGUCUUGGAUCAAAAGGAAUGCCCGCCUGAUGUGCCCCGAGCUCCACGGACCCCAGGAGCGAAGAAACCCAAGUCAACGUCCGAAGAAGAGGAAACAUUGAGCUCAGAGUCCGCAGAGUCCUCGUCAGAGCAGCCCGUCAGCGACUUUAUCGUUGAAGACUCUGAUGAUGCUGAAGUUUACGUGAGUGAGAGUGAUGAGCCUUUGGUUCUAUCACAGAGGAGCUUGUCUGCGACUUCACUUGCUGCUCCUCGAUCCCUGGCCUCUUCGUCAUCGUCUUCCUCCAGUGGAGAUAGUAAGCCUACCAGGUCGUCUCUAAAACGACGGGAGCCCUUGGUCCGCCCUGCCAUUUUUGACAAUGAGAAUGUCGAAUCUGUGGAUCUUACCGGUGAUACACCUGGUUCGAUGGACAUAGACGCUGGUUACGAAAUCGCGACACCUCCAGUCAAUCCAGUUGAUUCACAGGUGUCAACCAACUCCUAUCUGAAUGACAAGAUGCAAAUUGAAACGCCUCUAUUGAACCAGCUAUCGAUUGUCAAUACGAGGUCGUCAAUGUCCCCAGCGCCGGACCUUGGUUCCAACCUGCUCCUUGAGCCUCCACCAACGGCAAGGAAAACUGUUGCAGUCUCCGAUUCCCCAGCGGCCAGAAAACCUGUCCCGGUCCCAAAAAGGGGUAUUUCCGAUCAGCCACGCUCCACAGACUACGCAAUAGAGCUUGGUAGAGUUGCAAGACGCGGCUGGCACGAAAUCCAUGACCGGAUGGGGAUUCUGGCAAAAAGCGUUACCUCUUUGCCUUCACACGAGCUCGCGAAGUUUUCCAGGUUCUUGUCCGGAUUUUUCGAGUCAAGCCAUCGGGGCUUAGUUCAGGAGGCACUGCUGUCAUUCAUAGAUGAGAAAUGGGAGUUACACUCCGAUGAGGAUGAGAAGGAGUUUGCUUCGCGGAUGGCGGCUUUUUUUAUUUCUUGGGUGAAUCGUGUCUCGCUCAAGGAGAAAGGCCUCGAUCCACAGCAUGCCGAGAACGCGCUCAACAAAAUAGAUCCGGACAGUCCUGAAUUUGCGCAAUUCCACCGGGCACUAAAGGGUCUCGUCCUUGCUCACAAGCCUGGGCAGUUGAAAGCGAUCCCGGAUAAGAAAGUGAUUGAAAUCUCCACCGAUACAUCCUCCGGUGUAACUACUCCGUCUGACGCCUUGGACUCGCAGUCCAAAAAGCGGAAGAGACAUGUUACUGUGAGACAGGAGACCCAAAACGCGCAGCGGCGAGCGAAGGCACGGCAGGAUGAACAGGGCAAGGCACGAGAAGCCCUGCUCAAGUCAAGAGAAUUCAUGGGCAUCAGCAAUAGUGACCCAACCAACCAGGCGGUCACUUUCAAAGAUCCGAUCAUCUAUCUCGACCCGCAUAUUGGAGCACAAGUCAAGCCACAUCAAUUGAAGGGCAUCCAAUUCAUGUGGAGAGAGCUGAUCGAAGAUGAGACCGGUACGGGUUGCUUGCUCGCCCAUACCAUGGGACUGGGCAAAACGAUGCAAGUGAUAUCCCUUCUGGUCACAAUCGCAACCGCUGCGGCGUCAGAGAACCCCGGUAUUCGCAAUCAGAUUCCCGAUAGACUUCGUCGUUCUCAGACGCUAGUCAUAUGUCCGUCUUCAUUGAUACAUAACUGGCGUCAAGAGUUUAUGUUAUGGACCUCGGCGGACAGCCAUCUCGGUACAGUCAGGUCUAUCGACAUAACGAAACAUUUUGGAGACUUUAACAAGCGAAUUGAAACAAUACGAGCUUGGGGCAAAGAAGGCGGCGUGCUUAUCAUUAGCUACGAUAUCCUUCGGCAGCUGGUCCAGAACAAAGAAACCAAGUCUAGGCCGAAACCUCUCACCGACGAGGUUCAUGAAGAGGUCAAGGGUUAUUUGGUCAACACACCAAACAUCGUCGUGGCUGACGAAGCGCACAAGAUGAAAAAUCCGGGAAGUGGAGUUGCUCAGGCCACUAGCACCUUCAGGACCAAGAGCCGCAUUGCUAUGACCGGUUCUCCUCUUUCCAAUUCGCUCGAGGAGUAUUACUACGCGGUUGACUGGAUUGCACCCGGCUAUUUGGACGACCCUGCGACAUUCAAGCAUAUCUACAUGGAGCCAAUUGUGACAGGACUUGACAUUGACAGUACUCGGAGCCAACGAAGAAGGGGUCUCAUGAAAUUAAAAGUGCUGAACGGGAUAUUGGCUCCCAAGGUUGACCGCGCCGAUGUUUCUGCGAUCGCGGCGGAUGUUCCUCCCAAGACCGAAUUUCUUGUUGCUGUGCCCUUGACGCCCUUGCAAAAAGAGAUUUACAAUACAUACGUGGAUGCUGUGAUGAAAGAUGGUGAGAUGCCAAAUACCCAACUUUGGGAGUGGAUUGGUUUUCUGCAGAUCCUCUGCAACCACCCGUACGCUUUCCGGGAAAAACUCUUGAAUAGAGGCAUCCCAAGUGCAAAUAGCGGGGUUGAACAAGUUUCGAGAGACCCGAAGCUCCCACCUCCUGUCCUUGCCCGGCUAUUUCGGCUUCUCAACUCAGUUCCUGACCUUCAAGACCCGUAUCUGUCCAACCGAACCCUUCUACUCGACAAAAUCCUUGACGAGUCAUACAAAGCAGGCGACAAGGUCUUGGUCUUCACUCACAGUAUUCCUACCAUGGAUUUUCUGGCGACGCACAUGGACAAAGCGAAUCGAAGUUAUUGCCGCCUGGACGGACGGACACCAGUCGCGGCACGACAGGAGGCCACGCAGAAAUUCAACGAGAGCGACAAACAUCAAGUCUAUUUGAUUUCGACCCGUGCCGGGGGCCUUGGGCUGAACAUAUUUGGGGCAAACCGCGUGGUAAUUUUCGACUUUGCCUUCACUCCAGUAUGGGAGCAGCAAGCCAUCGGGCGUGCAUAUCGUCUUGGACAGAAAAAGUGCGUCUUUGUCUAUCGCUUCCUUUCCAGUGGGACGUUCGAGGAGGUUGUCUGGAACAGGUCGCGCUUCAAAACCCAACUUGCUACUCGAGUUGUCGACCAGAAAAACAUGGUGCGCGAUUCCUCUAGCAACGCGGCCGUGUACAUGUUCUCAGUGAAGGAAAAUCAGCGCCAGCCUUUUAAUUCCUUGUUCGGGAGAGACCCGCAUAUUCUGGACAAGAUUAUCACCAGCAGCCUGAGCGACGCAAUCAUGCAGAUUUCCCUCACUGAUUAUCUGGACGACGAGAACGACCGCCUCACCGAAGAGGAACACCAGAGUGUGGCGAAAGAAUUGGAAAUGGAACAAAUUCGGCGAAAUGACCCAGAUGAGUACAAGAGACGGCAACAUGCAGCAACCAUAGUGGAGAAACAACGGCGUCAGGCGACGCUGGCACAAGAGCUACAGCAGCGGCAGGAGUAUCUACGAACUCUUCAGCAGGACCGAGCCCAGGCAAUGGCAGUCUUAACUGAGAAUUGCGGAGAUGAUCCUAGUCAGCAGACCGUCAGACAAGAUGCUCAGCAACGAUUGGCAAUCAUCGCCUUUCAACAGAAACAACUCAUGGAGCAUGGCGUGAUGCUGUCGAUGCAGGAGGCAUCACCGAUGAUGCCACCGGCUAAGCCAAUGCAACAUCCGCCAUCCAUUCAGUCUUUUGUUGUUCCUUCCAGUGGGCACAACGUUGGUCCGCCUCCCCUAGGACCAGUCCAAGCCUCGGGUAACCCGAUCUCGCCGUCUGGAUCCCCGGGCCACCGGACGCUGCCUCCAUUACGGCCCGAUGCAAGUCUGAUUUCUCAAAAACCAUUCCAAGUGCAGGCUUGCCACGAAUCUCCCGCCACGACAGUACAGACAGUGUCCAGGCCCGCCUCUCAGAAUCCGUACCAGCUGCAAUCCGGCUCUCUCCCUCUGCCCCCGCGGCCUGCAAGCGCCAGCCAGAUUGGCCAGGGCGCGCCGCCCGCUGUGGCUCAGAUUCUAAAUCCCAGUACGCCCGAAAAGCCACCCACCGGCCGUCAUGGAAGUGACGCAUCGGUUCAGUCGGCACCGAUGGAGAUGAGUGACGACGAAGGCCUAAUCCACUAA